GCGUGCAACACCACCAUGCCUGGCAGGGGCUAACACUUAACUGCAUGUAUGUGUCCCGGUGAGCAAGGUAUGUGUGCUACAGAGCCAUCCCUAUGCAGACCUGCAAACUGUGGGUUGUAGCCAAACUCUCAAGCACCCAGCAGAGGUUUAACUAGGGUUUGUAUUCCCGCCUAGAACGGGGGAGGGGUGCUGGGAUACCCCCCAUUAUAAUUAGAAUCAUUUACAUCUCAUUUACAUACAACACUGAGCCUUAGGGGUAGAGAGGAGUCCCACGGGUGCCACAGCAAACUGCCCCCUGCAGGCUCUCAGAGCCCAGGGGAGUGGGGGGUGGAGCCCAUAGCACAGCUCUGCAGCUGGGGCAGGAAGCGAGAAGUGGGGGGGAGGCCACAGCCCACAGAAGCAAGGCGGGUGCAGGGCUUGUGGGGAGGGAAGGAGGUGCCAAAGCUCGAGCCCUGAGGCCCGGCUGGCCCCUGGGCGCAGGCCCAGCUCCUGCCUCCAGGGAUGGACCUCGUGGACCCUGACAUCUUUAAUAGGGACCCUCGGGACCACUAUGACUUGCUGCAGCGGCUGGGUGGCGGCACCUAUGGGGAAGUCUUCAAGGCUCGAGACAAGGUGUCUAGGGACGUGGUGGCACUGAAGAUGGUGAAGAUGGAGCCUGACGACGAUGUCUCCACCCUCCAGAAGGAAAUCCUCAUGUUGAAAACUUGCCGGCACGCCAACAUCGUGGCCUACCACGGCAGCUACCUCUGGUUGCAGAAGCUCUGGAUCUGCAUGGAAUUCUGUGGGGCUGGUUCUCUCCAGGACAUCUACCAAGUGACGGGCUCCCUGUCUGAGCUCCAGAUUAGCUAUGUCUGCCGGGAAGUGCUCCAGGGACUGGCCUACCUGCACUCCCAGAAGAAGAUUCACCGGGACAUCAAGGGAGCCAACAUCCUUAUCAAUGAUGCCGGGGAGGUCAGGCUGGCUGACUUCGGUAUCUCAGCUCAGAUUGGGGCGACACUGGCGCGACGCCUCUCCUUCAUUGGGACACCCUACUGGAUGGCUCCGGAAGUGGCUGCGGUGGCCCUGAAGGGAGGAUAUAACGAGCUGUGUGACAUCUGGUCCCUGGGUAUCACAGCCAUUGAACUAGCUGAGCUGCAGCCCCCGCUCUUCGAUGUGCACCCUCUCAGAGUUCUAUUCCUCAUGACCAAGAGUGGCUACCAGCCUCCCCGGCUGAAAGAAAAGAGCAAAUGGUCUGCUGCUUUCCACAACUUUGUCAAGAUCACCCUCACUAAGAGCCCCAAGAAACGACCUGGUGCCACCAAGAUGCUCAGUCAUCAGCUGGUGUCCCAGCCUGGGCUAAACAGAGGCUUGAUCCUGGAUCUUCUUGACAAACUGAGGAACCCCGGAAAGGGCCCCCCCGUUGGUGAGAGUGAAGACGAGGAGCCUGAGCCACCCCCUGCCAUCCCUCGGCGGAUCCGAUCAACCCACCGGGCCACCUCGCUGGGGAUCCCAGAUGCAGACUGCGGUCGGCGCCACAUGGAGUUCCAUAGGCUCCAAGGAGUAGAGCCCAGACCCCCAGCUGACAGGGUGUGCUUACAGCUCCCUGGAGACCUCAGGAGCAGCAGUCCCAGGAGCCACCUAUCAGAGUCUGAUGACGACUAUGACGACGUGGACAUCCCUGCCCCAGUAGAGGACGCACCUCCCCCACUGCCCCCCAAGCCCAAGCUCCGGUCUCCCUCAGAUGAUGGUCCUGGGGGGCUGGGGGAUGAAGGGCAGCUGAGCCCCGGGGUGCUGGUCCGGUGCGCCAGCGGGCCUCCCCCACGUACCCCUCGUCCUGGGCCUCCUCCAGUCACCCACAGCCCCCAUCUCACCGCCUACUCAGAGCCCUCACUCUGGAACCCAGCUUCCCGGGAGCCCGACCAGCCCCCACGGCUGCCCCCUAAGAAAGAGAAGAUGAAGCGGAAGAGUUUUAACUACUGCGCCUUCCUGUCCCCUGCCCUCCUCCUCUGGAUCUACUGCCCGGCCCUGGGGCCACCCACCCAGGGAUGCGCCCUGCUUGUGAAGCUCUUCAACGGCUGCCCGCUCCGGAUCCACAGCACAGCCACUUGGACACACCCCUCCACCAAGGACCAGCACCUGCUCCUAGGGGCAGAGGAAGGCAUUUUCAUCCUGAACCGGAAUGAUCAGGAGGCCACGCUGGAGAUGCUCUUUCCUAGCCGGACAACCUGGCUGUACUCCAUCAACAAUGUCCUCAUGUCUCUGUCAGGAAAGACCCCCCACCUGUAUUCUCAUAGCAUCCUGGGCCUGCUGGAACGGAAGGAGACCAGAAUGGGCAGCCCCAUCGCGCACAUCAGCCCCCACCGGCUGCUGGCAAGGAAGAACAUGGUCUCCACCAAGAUCCAGGACACCAAGGGUUGCCGGGCGUGCUGUGUGGCGGAGAGUGCGAGCUCCGGGGGCCCUUUCCUGUGCGGGGCCUUGGAGACGUCGGUGGUUCUGCUCCAGUGGUAUCAGCCCAUGAACAAGUUCCUGCUUGUCCGGCAGGUGCUGUUCCCGCUGCCCACGCCUCUGCCGGUGUUCGCGCUGCUGACCACGCCGGGCUCAGAGCUGCCGGCUGUGUGCAUCGGCGUGAGCCCCGGGCGGCCGGCGAAGUCGGUGCUUUUCCACACCGUGCGCUUCGGCGCGCUGUCCUGCUGGCUGGGCGAGAUGAGCACGGAGCACAAGGGAGCAGUGCAGGUGACCCAGGUAAAGGAUGACAUGGUGAUGGUGUUGAUGGAUGGCUGCCUGAAACUGGUGACCCCAGAGGGGGCCCCAGUCCCGGGCCUUCGCACCCCAGAGAUCCCCAUGACAGAAGCGAUGGAGGCUGUGGCUAUGGUUGGGGGUCGGCUUCAGGCCUUCUGGAAGCAUGGAGUGCAGGUGUGGGCUCCAGGCUCUGACCGGCUGCUGCAGGAGCUGAGAGACCCCACCCUCACCUUCCGUCUGCUUGGCUCACCCAGGCCUGUGGUGGUGGAGACACGACCCGCAGAUGAUCCUACUGCCCCCAGCAACCUCUAUAUCCAGGAAUGAGUCCUUAGCGGGGUGUCGGGAACCAGACCCUGCGUUCUCUCUUCGACAGACACACUAGUGGCCACAUCAUGUCCCAGUCUUCCAAUAAACAUGGUGUUAGCCUCUGC